AUGGUUAAAAAUCAUUUUUAAUUAUAUAUAUGCGAUAAAAUGCGACAUUCAUACAGUUCCGCCAUCAGACCACGAGUUGAGCUUCAAAUCCACCAUCUCUACCUCCAUAUAUACUGACAACUCUUCUUCCCUUUUCUUUCAACCGCUGGAUUUUGCAAACCCUAGAAAUGGCAAAAGAUCCUGAACUCAAACUCGCUCAGAUGAAGGAAUUCAUUCAGCAGCUCGGAUCUUCCUUGGAGAAGUACGGAGAUCCAACACUAGAGAGGUUUUUGAUAGCAACAUCAAUGGAUCCAAACAAAGCAGCAAAGAUGUUUGUUUCAUGGCAAAAAUGGAGGACUUCUUUUGUUCCGUUAGGGUUCAUCCCUGAUUCUGAAGUUGUUCAACAAUUGGAACCUAGAAAAAUAUUUCUUCAGGGUUUGUGCAACAGUGGACAUCCUCUUAUGAUUCUUAAUGCUAGCAAGCAUUAUCCUGCUAAGGAUCAACAUCAAUUCAAGAAAUUUGUGGUUCAUGUUCUUGACAAAGGAAUUGCAAGUGGAAUCAGAGACAAUGAAAUUGGAAAUGAAAAGAUAGUUGUGAUCAUUGAUCUGCAUCAAAUAAGUUAUACGAAUGUUGAUGCUCAUGGAUUAAUCUCUGCGUUUCAAUUCCUACAGGCCUACUACCCGGAGCGAUUAGCAAAAUUAUACAUGUUAAAUAUGCCAUGGUUUUUGGUGAGUGUUUGGAAGAUGAUUUCAUAUUUCCUCGAGAAAGCAACAUUGGACAAGAUUGUGAUUGUGAAGAGUGAGGAAGAAAGAAAACGCUUCGUUACAGAAGUUGGGAAAGAAGCGCUACCAGAAGAAUUUGGUGGGGAUGCAAAGUUUGUCGCGCUUCAAGAUGUUGAAGCCCCACGGCUCGAGCGUUGAUUGACGUUUUACAUUUAAUGUCUUCCGAUUUCUGUUAACUUGGCUAUUAAUCUCGUAUUUAAAAUAAGUUACAUAAUUAAACAAGUUGAUUGGCGUUUUACAU